CCGUUCUUCGCCCCUUUUAUCCUGUUUCCGACUUGGAGAAGCCGCACUGUGCAGCACAAAUGCACUGAGGGCCUCCGGCUGCACCCUCGAGUCGCUCAGUCGCCACAUGCGAUAGUCAAGGCAGCCACCAUGCCUGGUACACGACAACAUGGGCUCACGGCUGGAGCAAAAGAGCAAUUUGGUGCGGAAGCGUAUCGAACAGCACGAUUUUACCGACGAGACUGGCGAAGAAUAUGAGCCCUCGAAAUUUGGAGGCUUCAGUGACUAUUUCCGCCGCAAGAAGAUCAAGUUGCAGAAUCUUGAUGCAGAUCUGCGAGCACAGUCGAAAGACAAGCCCCAGAUCUUUAAAGGCGUGGUAUGCCAUGUCAACGGCUACACUCAGCCUUCUCUCAAUGACCUUCAUACCAUGAUUGUCCAACAUGGAGGAGGCUUCAUCCAAUAUUUGGACGGCAAGACCAUGGUAACGCAUAUUAUCGCGAGCAAUCUUACGCCAAAGAAGAAGGAAGAGUUCCGACGGUACCGAAUUGUGAAGCCUGCCUGGGUCGUCGAUAGUAUCAAGGCCGGAAAGUUGCUGCCAUGGGAUGCAUAUCGAGUAGUGGACGAGGGCGUUGGACAGAAAGUCCUUGGAUUCGAAAAUGGGCAAGUCGUCAGCCAGGCCAACCGAAGAACCCAAGGUUAUCGCGAGCAGACCGACGCGAGCUGGUAUACGAGCCAACUUCGAGCGUCGCAGCACGCUGGACCACGGAAGCCGCCUGUACUUACACAGACGAUCACUCCUGAUGUUGAAGAUAUCGAAGAUGACGAAUAUGGCUUGCCAGAGAUAACUAGCUCCAUCGAGCAGGCAUUGCAGGACGCUGACAAAAUGGCAGACAGGGGUGAAAACAGGAGGGAGGAGCAGGAACCCAUUGCCGCCCCGCAGACCCCGCCUCCUACAAGCCCAACACUCCCGCCUGAGGAUGACAACAAGGUCGAGACCGAUCCGAGAAGUCCUGCCGCGAUCGAGCCCGAACCACCGCCUGGAAAGCAGUCAGCCUUGCGACCUCGCGAAGGGUCGCAAGAGCCAGAUUACUCUCACUCCUUGAUACGCAACUCCGAGAUUCUCAAGAAUGUCUCGCCUUCUAAACUUGCUGCAAUGACUGCGGAAGAACACAAUGCGCUGAUAUUGUCUGACCCAAAGAUCAGAAAGUCCACUGUGGUGCAUCCCGACUUCUUGGAUCAGUAUUAUCGUGAAUCUCGGCUUCACCACCUAUCAACCUGGAAAGCAGAUCUCAAGUCUCAAUUGCAGGCUCUGGCAUCCGAGAAGUCAUCGUCACAAAAGGCCAAGCAGAAGAGGCAGCCAGCGCAGCGAAAGUAUGUCAUGCACGUUGAUUUCGACAGCUUCUUCGCUGCAAUCUCACUCAAAAAGUACCCUCAAUACAUAGACAAGCCUGCUGCUGUUGCGCAUGGCGGUGGCUCAGGCUCCGAAAUCGCGAGCUGCAACUAUCCGGCCCGGAAGUUUGGCGUCAGCAAUGGCAUGUGGAUGAAGCGUGCGCAAGAGCUUUGCCCUACUUUGAAGAUCUUGCCAUACGACUUUCCUGGCUACGAAGAUGCCAGUCGGAAAUUCUACGAUGCGAUUCUAGCGACUGGUGGCGUUGUACAGAGUGUCAGCAUCGACGAGGCGCUCAUUGACAUUAGUGUCAUAUGCUUUGCUGAAGGCGGCACAGAUGGCAUCAGUCGUGCUGAAGGUGCUGUAAACCGGGAACAAAGCGUUGCUGACCGGAUCGCGCAAAAGCUUCGAGAUGAGGUGCUCGAGAAGACUGGCUGUGCGGUAUCGGUUGGUAUUGGGGCCAAUAUACUGCAAGCGAAGGUUGCUUUGCGCAAGGCCAAGCCAGCCGGCCAAUACCAACUCAAGCCUGAAGAAGUGCUCGAUUUCAUCGGCCAGUUGGAAGUUCAAAAAUUGCCUGGCGUGGCUUGGAGCAUUGGUGGGAAACUGGAAGAGAUUGGCAUCAAAUUGGUCAAAGACAUACGCGAGACGUCGAAAGAGAAGCUGAUCAAUACUCUUGGACCCAAGACUGGCGAGAAGAUCUAUGAAUAUGCUCGGGGAAUCGACAAAGCAGAAGUCGGUGAUCAGGUCGUGCGCAAAUCUGUCUCGGCAGAAGUUAAUUGGGGCGUACGUUUCGAAAACCAAGACCAAGUCGAUGAGUUCAUGAACGGUCUAUCUGGCGAGCUUCACAAACGCCUAGCAAAGGAGCGCGUCAAGGGCAAGCAGUUGACGAUGAAAGUCAUGAAGCGUGCUGCAGAUGCUCCUCUGGAUCCGCCGAAGCAUCUUGGACACGGCAAGUGCGAUGUUUUCAACAAGAGUUUGCAGCUUGGUGUCGCCACGAAUGAUCAUGCGAUCAUUGCGAAAGAGACGAUUGCCAUGAUGAAAUCUUUUGGCAUUUCGCCUGGCGAGCUACGAGGCAUAGGAAUACAGAUGCAAAAGCUCGAAGCAAUCAAACCUGGGUCUGAAAGUGCAGAUCAAGGCAGCCAACGGCGUCUCCAGUUCAAGGCUGGCCCUUCGAAGCCUGUACCUCAAAUUCCGAGAACAGUGUCUAGAGAUGAUCCGAUUCAAGAUGAAGGCCACACCCCGCCGAAGGAACGUAUCGCUGAGGCAAACAGACCCAGCGCUGCAUUUCGACCAGUCGCUCCUGGUACACCAUCAAAGAAGCCGCUCAACAUUCUGGGCACACAAUUCGUGUUGCCGACUCAAGUUGAUCCUACUGUUCUGGCCGAGUUGCCUGAGGACAUCAGAGCUAAGCUUGCACGACAACCUCCAGCGAAGCCUUCCAUGGAGAAGGCAGAUAAGAGGCCUCCAGAGCCCGAGUAUAUACCGAAGCUAAGACUUGCUGAUGCGAGCGACUCUGCGUCUUCGUCAAGGGCGCAAUCGCCUGCGUUGUUCAUUCCUCCACAGUCACAACUGGAUCCAAGUAUUCUCGAGGCACUACCUGAAGACCUACGAGCUGAAGUUCUAGGUUACUACGAAAAGCCUCAAGCCGGUCCCAGCAGACGUGUUGGCCAAGCUGUGCUGCCACAAUCCCCGCGAAAGACACGAACUCUGCCGCCACCACCGCCAGCCAAGCGAGGUCGCGGCCGACCGAGAGGCGCAAAGAAUCUCACUUCACGCCUUCGAAGCGCUGCAAACGACCACUCUACACUGACUCAAUCAAACUUUGUCGCUCUGCCCGCAGCUGCAGGCAGCGCAGACACUGAAGAAUUCGAUCCAGAGGUCCUUGCUGCACUGCCUGAAGAAUUGCGUCAGGAGAUCCUCGCUCAACAAAGGCGAGAGCGGCUUCAGCGGCACGGAGGUAUCGGCACUUCAUUACAUCAACGACCGAAGAACGCUCGAGGCAAGAAGAAAGAUGUGGUGGCCGCGCGAACAGGUCCGCGACGCUUUGUUCUGCCGCCUCAUGCGCCGCAGCCGACUUUCACGAGCCAGAAACUCAGUACGCUACCUGAAUUGCGGAACACUGUGAGUGCAUGGUUCAAGGAAUUCAGCGAUGAACCGCCCUAUCCCGAGGAUGUCGAUGCAUUGAUCACGUAUCUCAGAACUGUAGUCAUUGACGAAAGAGAUUUGGACAAGGCUGUCAGUGUUGUGAACUGGAUGGCAUGGGUGCUGGAAGAUAGUGAAGGCGUGCCUGAAGAUGUGAUGAAUGGCUGGGAGGAUGCUCUGGGGAGAACACGAAGAGGUGUGCAAGAGGCUGCCACGACGAGGAAAUUGGGAACGAUCAAGUUCGACUGAAACGAUAGGAUGCCUUUUUCAUUCCUAAGAUAGCGUUUCCUGGAUAAGGAACUUCUAAUCAAUCCGACAUAUCAAUUUACCCAUCGUCUG